CAACUUCAUUCACUACCGAUGACAACCAAUCAAAAAAACCGAAAUCCAAAAAUCGCUUCGUAAUUUUCGCUACCCACCAUAUUGAGUUUCGUCUUAUUUUUGUGAUUAAAAAAUAAAAUUAUUUAUAAAAUAACUUUGCAAAAUGACUACCGGUUCUGUUCCAGCUGAAGGAGUCAGAGAAAAGGGUCUCUAUGAAUAUCGUAAAAAACUUUUGGAACACAAAGAAGUAGAAUCUAGGCUAAAAGAAAAACGUGAAGAAAUAAAAGAACUCACCAAGCAAUAUGAUAAAUCCGAAAACGAUCUCAAGGCUUUGCAGAGUGUUGGCCAAAUUGUUGGAGAAGUCUUGAAACAACUCACGGAAGACAAAUUCAUUGUAAAGGCAACCAAUGGGCCACGCUACGUUGUUGGCUGUCGUCGGCAAUUAGACAAAACCAAACUCAAGUCUGGCACUCGUGUUGCACUCGACAUGACCACGCUAACAAUUAUGCGUUAUUUGCCCAGAGAAGUCGAUCCAUUGGUCUAUAAUAUGUCUCAUGAAGAUCCCGGUGAGGUUACAUACUCAGCCAUUGGUGGGCUCUCUGAACAAAUCCGCGAAUUGCGUGAGGUCAUUGAAUUGCCCCUCCUCAAUCCGGAACUAUUUUUACGUGUGGGUAUUACUCCACCAAAGGGUUGCUUGCUCUAUGGACCACCUGGAACUGGCAAAACUCUUUUAGCUCGUGCUGUUGCCUCUCAGUUGGAUGCCAACUUUUUGAAGGUUGUCUCGAGUGCAAUUGUUGACAAAUAUAUCGGUGAAUCGGCUCGUUUGAUUCGAGAAAUGUUCAAUUAUGCUCGUGACCAUCAGCCUUGUAUUAUUUUUAUGGAUGAAAUCGAUGCUAUUGGAGGUCGUCGUUUUUCAGAGGGUACAUCGGCUGAUCGUGAAAUUCAGAGAACACUCAUGGAACUGCUUAAUCAAAUGGAUGGUUUCGAUUCGUUGGGUCAAGUUAAAAUGAUUAUGGCCACAAAUCGACCAGAUACAUUAGAUCCUGCUUUGUUGCGUCCAGGACGUUUGGAUAGAAAGAUUGAAAUUCCCCUACCUAAUGAACAAGCAAGAUUGGAAAUUCUGAAAAUUCACGCCCAACCAAUUGCCAAACAUGGAGAAAUCGAUUAUGAAGCAAUUGUUAAGCUAUCAGAUAACUUUAAUGGAGCUGAUUUGCGUAACGUGUGCACAGAAGCUGGUCUCUUUGCAAUUAGAGCUGAACGUGAAUACGUCAUCCAAGAGGACUUUAUGAAAGCCGUCCGCAAAGUAUCAGACAAUAAAAAGUUGGAAAGUAAACUCGACUACAAACCAUUAUAAGUUAAUAAUUUAAAAAAAUCGAAGCUGCAAACAAGAACAUAAAUAAAAUCUUCGUGCAUUUUCCGUA